ACCCCCGAGCCGGCUCUCAACUCCGGCAGAGACUAAAAUCGAGGUCUCUUGGCGGGUGUGUUGAGGCUUGUGUCUUCGGUUGAGUACUGCUGCCACUUCCCAGGACACCGGAGCUGAGACUUCGCUGCAACUGUUGGCUUGGGUAACGUUUCUCUCCACCCAUCCAGCUCGAGGCAGAGCCCAGCAGACCAACCUGCACCAGAAUUCCCAGAGAGAGGACAAGGGGUAGGAUCCUGGAACACCAGAACAGAUGCAUCCCUUAGCAGUUGAUUGUACCCUGCGUUAGAGAAGUCCAGGAAUGAUAUAUUCUUGGGCUAUAUUUCUCCACCUUGGAAUUCAUCCAGUUCGUUACAAAAACACCGGCCUUCUGCUUAUUGUGACACACACUCAGUGAAAGUCUGAUGGAUAGACCCUUUCCAGUGGCUUUGUGGCUUUUUUCUUCAUGUGGAAGUUGGAAGACAAAGUGAAAGGAGCCAGAAGUUAUUUGCUUUUGUGAAUAACUUGGUUCUCGGAACAUGGGCCCUCGUUUAAAGCUGCAGCUGUGAUCCUCGGCUGUCUGUUGGUACUGAAGGGACCUGAUGUUUUACGUUAUUGGUGGAAUCACAGUGUCUGUGGUUGCAUUCUUCUUCACAAUUAAGUUCCUCUUUGAACUUGCCGCACGAGUAGUCAGCUUUCUUCAAAAUGAAGACCGUGAGCGUCGAGGGGACCGGACUAUUUAUGACUACGUGCGGGGAAAUUACCUGGAUCCCCGGUCCUGCAAAGUCUCCUGGGAUUGGAAGGACCCCUAUGAGGUGGGCCACAGCAUGGCCUUCCGAGUGCAUGUGCCCCUCUCCUCUCCUCUACAGUUAUUUUAUAAGAACGGGCAGCCUUUCCCUGCACAUCGGCCUGUGGGACUGAGAGUUCACAUCUCUCAUGUUGAACUAGCAGUGGAAAUUCCAGUGACCCAGGAAGUCCUUCAGGAACCCAAUUCAAACGUGGUAAAGGUGGCCUUCACUGUGCGCAGAGCUGGGCGUUAUGAAAUUACAGUGAAGCUUGGUGGAUUAAAUGUGGCGUAUAGUCCCUACUACAAAAUUUUUCAACCUGGAAUGGUGGUUCCUUCCAAGACCAAAAUUGUGUGCCAUUUUUCUACUCUUGUGUUGACCUGUGGGCAGCCACACACCCUUCAAAUAGUGCCCCGAGAUGAGUAUGACAACCCUACCAACAAUUCUGCAUCCCUGAGAGAUGAACACAAUUAUAGCGUGUCCAUUCAUGAGCUUGGCCCUCAAGAAGAGGAGACUACUGGAGUCUCAUUUGAGAAGUCGGUGACAUCGAACAGGCAGACUUGCCAGGUGUUCUUGCGACUUACCCUGCAUUCUCGUGGUUGCUUCCAUGCCUGCAUUUCAUACCAAAAUCAGCCGAUCAAUAAUGGCGAAUUUGAUAUUAUUGUCUUAACUGAGAAUGAGAAGAAUAUAGUUGAGCGCAAUGUAUCCACCUCAGGAGUGAGCAUUUACUUUGAGGCUUAUCUUUAUAAUGCUACUAACUGUACUAGCACACCAUGGCACCUCCCACCCAUGCACAUGAGCUCUUCCCAGCGCCGGCCCUCCACUGCUAUUGAGGAAGAAGAUGAAGACUCACCCUCAGAGUGCCACACUCCUGAGAAGGUGAAGAAACCGAAGAAGGUGUACUGCUAUGUGUCACCAAAGCAAUUCUCAGUGAAGGAGUUCUAUCUGAAAAUCAUUCCCUGGCGUCUGUACACCUUCCGAGUAUGCCCAGGAACAAAAUUUUCCUACCUUGGCCCUGACCCUGUUCAUAAGCUCCUCACACUGGUAGUGGAUGAUGGCAUUCAACCUCCUGUGGAGCUCAGCUGUAAGGAGAGGAACAUUCUAGCAGCCACUUUCAUCCGUUCCCUGCAUAAGAACAUUGGAGGCUCUGAGACCUUUCAGGACAAGGUAAACUUUUUCCAGCGAGAGCUUCGGCAGGUACAUAUGAAAAGGCCACAUUCCAAAGUCACCCUGAAGGUCAGCAGACACGCUUUGUUGGAAUCGUCUUUGAAGGCCACUCGAAAUUUCUCCAUCUCAGAUUGGAGCAAGAACUUUGAAGUGGUUUUCCAGGAUGAAGAAGCUCUGGACUGGGGAGGGCCUCGCCGGGAAUGGUUUGAACUAAUCUGCAAAGCACUGUUUGAUACCACCAAUCAGCUCUUCACCCGUUUCAGUGACAACAACCAAGCUUUAGUGCAUCCCAACCCUAAUCGCCCACCUCACAUGCGCCUGAAGAUGUAUGAGUUUGCAGGGCGGCUGGUGGGCAAGUGUCUCUAUGAAUCCUCUCUAGGAGGUGCCUACAAGCAGUUGGUUCGAGCUCGUUUCACCCGUUCUUUCCUGGCCCAAAUCAUAGGACUACGCAUGCAUUACAAGUACUUUGAAACAGAUGACCCAGAAUUCUACAAAUCAAAAGUUUGUUUUAUCCUCAACAAUGACAUGAGUGAAAUGGAGCUGGUCUUUGCAGAAGAAAAAUAUAACAAGUCAGGUCAAUUGGAUAAGGUUGUAGAACUUAUGACAGGUGGAGCUCAAACCCCAGUCACCAAUGCGAAUAAAAUCUUCUAUUUAAACUUGCUGGCGCAGUAUCGACUGGCCAGUCAAGUGAAAGAGGAGGUGGAACAUUUCCUAAAAGGCUUGAAUGAGUUAGUCCCUGAGAACCUUUUGGCCAUUUUUGAUGAGAAUGAGCUCGAGCUGCUGAUGUGUGGGACUGGAGACAUCAGUGUUUCUGACUUCAAAGCCCAUGCAGUAGUUGUUGGUGGUUCAUGGCAUUUCAGAGAAAAGGUCAUGAAGUGGUUUUGGACUGUGGUUUCCAGUCUGACCCAGGAGGAGUUGGCUCGACUACUUCAGUUCACAACAGGUUCCUCUCAGCUACCACCUGGAGGCUUUGCUGCCCUCUGUCCCUCAUUUCAGAUUAUUGCUGCUCCAACCCACAGCACGCUACCUACUGCACAUACAUGUUUUAACCAGCUGUGCCUCCCUACAUAUGACUCGUAUGAAGAGGUGCACAGGAUGCUGCAACUGGCCAUCAGCGAGGGUUGUGAAGGCUUUGGCAUGCUCUGACCACUCUCCUGCAAUCCACUUGGCUCCCAUGCUCUGUGGAGCAUUUGAGCACAUGUUACAGACAUAACCACUGAUCUUAACACACAUAACCAUCAACCAGAAGAUGCCGCAUGCUUCCCUGUGUCUGGAGUAUUUUGUUAUCCACAGAGCCUUGCCCUUACCUUCCACUUCCCUGCCCAUAUCUACCAUAGGCCAUUUUAGCAUGGUACCUAAUCUGAGCUCUCUGGUCAGUCACGAGAAGAGGACCAUGCUGCUGACUUUUUGUUUGGUCCUUUGAAGAUCUCAGUAGCUGUAUCUGCCUCAGUGGCUGAGGGAAAUAACACACAGGCUCAGCUUUGUUGGGAAGCUGGUAUGGGGAGAGCCUUAAGUCCUGUCUUGCUCCAGCUCCCUUUGCUGAUGCCUCUUUGAGGUGCCCUCUUUGACCCUCACUGCUAGACUAGACUGAUACAGGAGUCCUCCUGGGUGGGAUGAUCACCUCUGCUUGCCAACAGCCAGGAAAAGCACAGAUAGAAUGUGGCCCACAUGAACAAUCCUUGAGUUCCUUAAUUUUGUCCUACACAUUGGCAGGCACAGUCCAUGCACCAGAUUACCUCUGAUGAGGACUGAUAGCAAAAAAAGAAUGACU